AUAUUGUUCUGUGAUGUAAAUUGUAAAUUGCAAUUAUCACAGACCAGUGUAAUUAUUAUUUGUAAGAUUGCUGUUGAAUUCAGUUAAGUUAAUUAGUUAAACUGCAACAGAAUUUUUAGUUGUUAAAUUACCGGUCAGCCUUUGAAGUAAAUUUCGUAGUAUUAUAAUGCUUGGUAUAUUUAGCUUUGAAUAAAAUUAACGAAAAGGAUGGAUAAGACUGAGUUCGAACAAUUCGAAUACUUGCCUUCCAAUAAUGAGAUGGACUCGAGUCAGCUGUUGGUCGUUCAAGAAGACGGUACAUUUCUUUGCUUUGACAGACCAAUCCAAUAUGUAACUCAAGUUGAUGAUGCAAAGGAUGUGCUAGAGGGAGUCCAAGGAUGUGAUGUAUACGACGUUGCCCCAGAGCAGCUUUACAUAGAUGGAGAAAACUCAGCUGAACUGAUAUCUGUAUCUGAUCAAUUUAUGUCACCAGAAGGACAUGACAAUGCAUAUGCAAACAAUUAUUUAUUACAAGAUGACAAUAACGCUCAAGAAGAACCGAUGGAACAAGAUGAAGAUGUACAAUACAAGGAAAUAACUGAAAGCGAGGAAACUAUUACUGAUGAUGCAGAUGUUGAGAACGUUGAGGAUAAAAAUUCUGGUGAUUGUACUGAGAUAACUCUAAAUGAUGAGCAAUAUCAAUUACUGGAACAAAAAGGAUGGAUAUUGUUGGAGAGUAGUGAUAAUACAUUUCUGUUAGAUUCCUCUGGACUACAUGAUAUCACAGCAGAUGAGAAGUUGAUUCUAAAACUGAAAACAGAACUUCAGGAGGAAUUUCCCAAUGAAGUAUCAAGUACCAUUAAAGAAACAGUCGCUCAGGAACAUAAAACAAUAAAAGUUGAAAACACACAACCUGAUGUAAUGGAUCUACCAAAUAUUCAUUAUAUUAUUGAAGAUGACGGAAAUGAGGAAGAGAAUGAACCAGAAACAGACAUUAAUUUCACGAACAACAAACAAGGUUCAUUAAAGGCUAUUUUUGAAGAAACAAUAGAGGAACCAGAUGUGACACCAAUCGAGGCUGAGCAUGAUUACAUUAAGUUGAGCUCCGUGAAAGAUUCGUUUGUAAAGAAACAAAAUGACACCAUAAGAAUAAAAAGCAAAUUUUCCUUCAAAGAUGUCCCACCAGAGAUAGUGCUAGGUAAAUUUAAUGGUAAGAAGUUAGUAGCAAGAGUAGUGAAGACUGAGCGUCCGGUGAAAAAACUAGGAAUGAAUAUAAAAGACCCGGGACCCAGCUAUGUACAAUCAGAUUUCACAGGCUUAGACGAUGACCAAUUCGAGAAACUAAUACUGAAAGCGGUUCGGCACAGAAUCGAGUGUGGGGUUACAGACGUGACUGCUGCCGAGAUUGUAGUAGUUCAACUGUCACGAGUGGCCGCCUUUAGACCCGCCCUUAUGGAGCGAGGUCUUAUUAUUACUAAGAUCAUAAUACAUGAACACGAAUCAGGUGAGCUGUACAGUGAAAGCGAUCCCUCGCUGGUGACGGGUCGAGCUAUGAGAGACUCCUUGAAUAACUGCCGUUUUAAAUUCAUGCCAGAAAUGCUAUGGAAAUUGGCGUCGACUAUCGAAUCACAGAACGCUGAGGAGUACAGUAAGAGUGGCAAAUAUGAUUUCUUGCAUAUUCACAUUCGCGAAACUAAAGGAUUAGAUGGUAUAAUAAGGAUUUCAAUAACAUUGAACAAGAGGAAUAUUCCGCUUCAUUUAUUCAAAGAUUUCGAGAGUCAGUAUGACCUUUUCGCGUGUACCUCGUGCGACGGUAUUUUUGAUACAGAGGGGGAAUUGCAACGGCAUCAAGAGAAUGAAUGCACCCAUUUAGAAGCUAUGAAUGCGUAUACAAUGAUCGAGACUAGCAGAGGUAAACAAUAUGCUUGCGAUGUGUGUAACAUCGUUUAUACAAAAUUAGCAAACUGCCGGGAACACAUCAAAACACAUUUCAAAGCCGGUAAUGCAGCAUCCAGUGCAAAAACAUCAAAAAUUCAGAUCAUAAGUACAAUUGAAAAGAAGAAACCUCUUGGCCUCUAUAGAUGCAAAAUGUGUAAUCGUGCAUAUUUAGAUGCAGCUACUCUCUCAAGACACCUUGUCUCGAGACAUAUAAAACAAACUAAAACCUAAGAUUAAUUAUUGUGCCUAAUAAAAGAUUGUGAAGUUAAAUGUUUUCUUUUUUGAA